CAGAGUCGCCCUGCAGCAAUCACGCGUCUUUCCACUGAGGCCCCGGAUGUAGAUUCUCUUUCCCUCCCUACGCGGCUCAGUGGGCGUGGCCUCACUGUGACUCAAAGACUUGGGGCUCUCUCAUUGGCUGUAACUCUUCCGCAGGAUUGGAAGCAAAAAAGAGGCGGUACCCAAGGCGAACAGCGCUGUGAACACAGCCAAUCAGAAUCGAGACCGGGCUUUGGCGGGAGGCUGGAACGCUGUGGUAAUUCAGAUUUGGCGCGAGCGCGGCUGGUUUUGCUGCUGCUGGUGUUCAGUUUGUUUGGAGCUUGUGGUGGUGAGUCCCAGAGGCUGCGUGUGAGACCUGAGAAGGAGCCUGCACUGAGGAGGUGGAAAGGAGAGGAUUGCUCGAGGAGGCCUGCGAUCUGUGAGGCAGCGGAGUUGGGUGAAGGCUGCGGGUUCCGGCGAGGCCCGAGCUGUGCUGCCAUCAUGCCUCAAACCCGAUCCCAGGCACAGGCUACAAUCAGUUUUCCAAAAAAGAAGCUGUCUCGGGCAUUGAACAAAACUAAAAACUCUAGUGAUGCCAAACUAGAACUGACAAAUGUCCAAACUGUACCCCGUUCUCGUGUAAAAGUCCUGCCUCUCAGCCCCAGGAAACGUCUGGGUGAUGACAACCUAUGCAACACUCCCCAUUUACCUCCCUGUUCUCCACCAAAGCAAGGCAAGAAAGAGAAUGGUCCCGCUCGCUUACAUACACUUAAGGGACGAAGAUUGGUAUUUGACAAUCAGCUGACAAUUAAGUCUCCUAGCAAAAGAGAACAAGCCAAAGUUCACCAAAAUAAAACACUUUCUUCAGUUAGAAAAAGUAAAGAGAUCACAACAAAUCCUGAGCAGAGAUGUCCACUGGAGAAAGAAUCUGCAUGUGUGAGAUUAUUCAAGCAAGAAGGCACUUGCUACCAGCAAGCAAAGCUGGUCCUGAACACAGCUGUCCCGGAUCGGCUGCCUGCCAGGGAAAGGGAGAUGGAUGUCAUCAAGAAUUUCCUGAGGGAGCACAUCUGUGAAAAAAAAGCUGGAAGCCUUUACCUUUCCGGUGCUCCUGGAACUGGAAAAACUGCCUGCUUAAGCCGAAUUUUGCAAGACCUCAAGAAGGAACUGAAAGGCUUUAAAACUAUCAUGCUGAAUUGCAUGUCCUUGAGGAGUGCCCAGGCCGUAUUCCCAGCUAUUGCUCAGGAGAUUUGUCAGGAAGAGGUAUCCAGGCCAGCUGGGAAGGACAUGAUGAGGAAAUUGGAAAAACAUAUGACUGCAGAGAAGGGCCCCAUGAUUGUGUUGGUAUUGGACGAGAUGGAUCAACUGGACAGCAAAGGCCAGGAUGUACUGUACACACUGUUUGAAUGGCCAUGGCUAAGCAAUUCUCACUUGGUGCUGAUUGGCAUUGCUAAUACCCUGGAUCUCACAGAUAGAAUUCUGCCUAGGCUUCAAGCUAGAGAAAAAUGUAAGCCACAGCUGUUGAACUUCCCACCUUAUACCAAAAAUCAAAUAGUCACUAUUUUGCAAGAUCGACUUAAUCAGGUAUCUAGAGAUCAGGUUCUGGACAAUGCUGCAAUUCAAUUCUGUGCCCGCAAAGUCUCUGCUGUUUCAGGAGAUGUUCGAAAAGCGCUAGAUGUUUGCAGGAGAGCUGUUGAAAUUGUAGAGUCAGAUGUCAAAAGCCAGACUAUUCUCAAACCACUGUCUGAAUGUAAAUCACCUUCUGAGCCUUUGAUUCCCAAGAGGGUUGGUCUUAUUCAUAUAUCCCAAGUCAUUUCAGAAGUUGAUGGUAACAGGAUGACCUUGAGCCAAGAAGGAGCACACGAUUCCUUCCCUCUUCAGCAGAAGAUAUUGGUCUGCUCUUUGAUGCUCUUGAUCAGGCAGUUGAAAAUCAAAGAGGUCACUCUGGGGAAGUUAUAUGAAGCCUAUAGUAAAGUCUGUCGCAAACAGCAGGUGGCGGCUGUGGACCAGUCAGAGUGUUUGUCACUUUCAGGGCUUUUGGAGGCCAGGGGCAUUUUAGGAUUAAAGAAAAACAAGGAAACCCGCUUGACAAAGGUGUCUUUCAAGAUUGAAGAGAAGGAAAUAGAGCAUGCUCUGAAAGAUAAAGCUUUAAUUGGAAAUAUCUUAGCUACUGGAUUGCCUUAAAUUCUUCUCUUACACCCCACCCGAAAGUAUUUAUCUGGCAUUUAGAGAGCUACAGUCUUCAUUUUAGUGCUUUACACAUUCAGGUCUGAAAACAAAUAUGACCUUUUUUACUUGAAACCAAUGGAUUUUAAUCUAUAGAUUCUUUAAUAUUAGCACAGAAUAAUAUCUUUAGGUCUUAUUAUUUUUACCUAUACAAGUGAUCAGGUAGAUCCUUUUUAAUUACAUUCACUACUUCUACCACUGUGUAUCUCUAGCCACUGUGCUUACAAGUGUACAGAUCUGAAAUGUGUCUAUAUUUACCUCUUUGUUUGCUCAAAUAUGACUGUGUUUUUGUUUUUGUUUUUUUGAGACUGAGUCUCGCCCUGUUGCCCAGGCUGGAGCGCAGUGGUGCGAUCUUGGCUCACUUCAGCGUUCACUUCCUGAGAUCAAGCGAUUCUCUUGCCUCAGCCUCCUGAGUAGCUGGCAUUACAGGUGGGCACCACCACACCCGACUAAUUUUUGUAUUUUUAGUAGAGAUGGGGUUUUACCAUGUUGGCCAGGCUGGUCUUAAACCCCUGACCCUCAAGUGAUCUGUCUACCUCGGCCUCCCAGAAUGCUAGGAUUACAGGUGUGAACCACCACCCCCAGCCAUGAGUGUAUUUUGUUCAGAACUUUGAGGUUAGGGUAAGAAGAAUGUAAAAGAAUGAUCCAGGAAAAUUAAGCAAGUCCACGUGGAGAUUUGGAGGACACUGGUUAAAGAAUUUAUUUAUUUUUAGAGUAUACUAUGUUCACAGCGCAGAUACUACAACAUUGUGACAUUUUAAAGGCUCUUUGAGUUUCUUGGGCACCUCCAAGGGCGCUGGGGUUGUAAGGAGACUGUAACUACAGAUUGUGAAUAUAUUUAUUUUCAAAUUG